ACUAAUUAAGUUGUGUGUGUCUGUGAAMUUGUGAAAAAACCAAUGGAAGAAGAAAUUGCCAUCUCGAAAUCUCCACUUUCUUGUUCUUCUUCUUAUUCUUGUUGCCCAUCAAAAAAUAAAAAUUACAGAACAAAAUUGUUAGCCCUCUGCUGCGCCGUUGUAAUCAUGUGGGUCCCACAGUGCCACGGCGAUGGGGCCGAGGAGAUCAUCAGAAUGAAGUACGAGUUGGUUGGGAAGGCGUGUGGGAAGGCCGGGGAUUAUUAUGCGGCGGCGUUGGAGGCGGCGCUUGCGGCGGUGGAAGAGGCCGUUGCGACUGGGAGUAGCCGGAAUGGGUUUUACGAGGCCGGAAAUGCGGCGGUCCGGGCGGCGGCGCGGUGCCACGGAGAUCUGUGGGGGUGCGACUGCGAGGAGUGCGUCGCCGGCGCCGUCGAGCUCGUCAGGGAGGAGUGCCGCCGCAAGCCCGCCGGAGAAGUUUAUUUGGAUGCCUGCUCUGUCACCUAUUCUACCUACUCCGAAGGUGACAAGAAUGGUUCGAGGCAUGGGAAGUUGAUAGCAAUUGUGUUGGGUGGUGCAGCAUCUCUUGGAUUAGGGUUUAUUAUCUUCAUUGGUUUCUUCAAGUCUUGUGGACAAAAAGAUGAUGAUUAUUAA